GUGAUAAGUUUCCUUAAUUCCUUACCUGCGGGAAGAGCUUUUGCGCAGGAUGAAUAGUUGAUGGGCAUGCCUAUUGCAGGCGUGGAUUUUUUUGUGUUAAACCCGCCGUAAUGACUAGCUCAGAUCUUGUAACUACAAUCCCCCUUUCAGUGGCCUUAGUCUUCGCACGUAGCUCUGGAUGGCAUUGAUGCACUUUCGGAGGAGGGAACAUGAUCAAUGUACUGCAAUCUGCACCGAGAUACUGCGCACACAACCCAAAAGUCAAGCAGCGAUAUUUGUCAAAUGUCGCGCUUUGAGCUCCAAGACUUGGAUUGAUGACACAGAGCUAGAACGUACAGGCGACACUGAUCUUAUGUCGGAGGAUAUCGCUGUAAGCGUGAUGCCGAGGUGAUUGAAUGGAUGAUAUUGACAUGAUAAGACCUGUGCAGGCCUGGUACGUCGAUUGCGCAUCCAACCUCUUCAAGCAUGUCUGGCGUCGUAAAUCAAUACGUGAGACCGGUGUCGGUUUGUCGCAUCACUAGUCAGUCUGGGGUUUCUCCCACUCUUCAAAAUGUCACUAUGGCGGCUACUUCAGAGGGAAGUUAUCUUGAUAUUACUAAUCUUGAAUUUUUGGAAUUUGCGCAUCAGACUGCUAUGGCCAAAGCAAUUUGCGAUUACCUGAUUUACUUUGUACGCAACAUAAAACAGGCGUUGAGGCUGUGUGAAGAGGUCUUGAAGAAGAAAACAUCUUUAGAAGACUGGUGGUGGAAAUGCCGUUUUGCUAAAUGUUAUUACCGCCUUGGACUAUACAGAGAUGCUGAAUAUCAACUUAUUUGCUCAUUGCAAAAUCAGAAUAUGGCAUUAAAUGUGCUGGGGCUCUCAAAGGUAUACAUGCGCUUAGAUCAACCUAACACAGCGCUGAAGGUGCUCCAAAAAGGCAUUGAAAAGAUGCCGGAGGAGUCGCACCUAAAAAUAGGUGUAGCGAGAAUUUAUGAAAUGAUGUACGCAACAUGCAGAAGCUUGCUAUUUUAUAAGAAUGCUCUGGUUCUCGAUGCAUCUAACAUUGAGGCACUAGCCUGUUUGGCUGCAAACUACUUCUAUGAGCAUCAACCUGAGCUGAGCUUGCGCUAUUAUCGUCGUCUGCUUCAAAUGGGUGUUUCCGGACCUGAAAUAUGGAACAAUAUUGGCCUCUGUUGCUUCUAUUCCUCACAGCUUGAUAUGGCACUCGACUGCUUUGAUCGUUCCCUUCGAUUUGCAGAUGACGCUGCUGAUGUCUGGUACAAUAUUGGACACCUUGGAAUUAGCAUGGGUGAUUUCCACAUGGCGCAUCAGUCCUUCAAAAUUGCAUUAUCUUUAAAUCAGAGUAAUGCGGAGGCUUUGUGCAAUUUAGGGGUCCUUUCGCUGUAUGCUCGGAACAUUAAGAUAGCUAGAUCAUACUUCAUAAGCGCGAAAGAAGUGGCACCGACGCUCUUUCAACCGCACUACAACGGUGCAUUACUUGCAUACAAGCUUGGAAACUUGCAGGAUUCUUUCGCUAUGGUGCGAUCAUAGAGAAGUGGCCCCUCAUGCUCCGUUCGCAGGUUUCAUCGGCACUUAGAGUGAACAAAGCACAUGUGGAUUCACGCGAGCUUAAAAAUAAUCUCGAAUGGCACAUUCGGGCACUGUGAUUGAGUGUUCAAAUACUGGGGCGCGCACGAGGUAGGCAGUAUUUAGAGGCAGUAGUAGUAUAGGUAGUAUAGGGAUUAUGUGUCAUUUUUGCGGCGGUAGUAUGAGAGUAAUGAAAGUAUAAACAACGUGGGGC